CUCCUCCGCGGCGCAGCACGCAGGACGCACAGAGGACGCGCGUAAUAACAAUCGAGCUCCCUCAUUUGAACACUUCCAGACCGCUCCGAAGCAAAGAUUGGACUUUACACAUUGAUUUCUAGGUGCAAAUCUUUGUUUUAAACUUUAGGCAGCGCUGGGUUUUUAUUCUGUCCCGCUCUCUGGCGAAUCGGAGGCGUGUUUCUUAUGAUGCCCGGAUUUCGCAGGAGUAUUUGCUCCACAUUUUGGAUCCAUAAUGUGAGGAUUUGUGUCGGAUUAACGAAGGACGCUGCGUAAAGGAAAGCUUGAACCUCCCAGUGUGACCAGUUUGGCUCGUUGCAACCCCCCUGAAGUCCGGAAUGGGGCCAUCAUCUACACUGCUUCUCCUUUUUCUGACUUGGGCUGAAGGCUCCUCUCUUCACUACUCAGACGGCCCCUCCAGCCGUCUGUCCCUGGCGAAGACCUUCGGUCACUCAGUCAAAGACUCCCAGUGCCAUCACAUGCUGAAGCACCUUCAUAAUGGAGCCCGGAUCACUGUGCAGAUGCCUCCCAGCAUGGAGGGUCACUGGGUGUCCACCAGCUGUGAGGUGAGACCAGGCCCAGAGUUUCUGACACGGUCCUACAGAUUUUAUCCCAACAACACCUUUCAAGCUAACCAGUUCUACUACGAGGACAACCACUGCACCAAACCCACCUACACGCUGGUGAUUCGGGGACGACUGCGCUUACGCCAAGCCUCCUGGAUCAUUCGUGGUGGUACAGAGGCGGAGUACCACCUCCACCGUGUCCAGAUGGUGUGUCACACAGCUGCUGUGGCCAAAGAGAUCAGUCAGAGGCUCAAACACAGCUGCCGCGGGGCCGUAAAGGGCCCCUGGGAGCCCAGUGUGCUGUACGAGCUGUGGAGCGAGGAAGGCGGCUAUGACUGCUCCAGAGAGCUUAACUUCGCCAUGCACGAGCUGCAGCUGCUGAGGGUAGAGAAGCAGUACCUGCAUCACAACCUGGAUCACCUGGUGGAGGAGCUGUUUCUAGGAGACAUCCACACUGAGCCAUCGCAGAGGUUGUACUACAAACCAUCCAGCUACCAGAUUGCACUGCAGAACGCUAAGAACCACGACCACGGCUGCAUUGCCUGUCGCAUCAUCUACCGCUCGGACGAGUUCCACCCUCCCAUCCUGCCGCCGCGCGCCGACCUGACCGUCGGCCUGUACGGUCAGUGGGUGAGCCAGCGCUGCGAAGUUCGCCCUGAGGUCCUCUUCCUCACCCGCCACUUCAUCUUCCAUGACAACAACCACACCUGGGAAGGCCACUACUACCACUACUCUGACCCUGUCUGCAAACACCCCACCUUCACCAUUUACGCCCGCGGACGCUACAGCCGAGGGCUUCACUCCACGCGCGUCAUGGGUGGCACCGAUUUUGUCUUCAAAGUGAACCACAUGAGAGUGACUCCCAUGGACUUGGCGACCACCUCCCUCCUCAACGUCUUCAACGGUAAUGAGUGUGGGGCACAGGGGUCCUGGCAGGUCGGGGUGGAGCAGGAUGUGACCUUGACCAAUGGCUGUGUGGCACUGGGCAUCCGGCUGCCCCAUACAGAGUAUGAGGUCUUCCGCAUGGAGCAGGACGCCCAUGGCCGCUACCUACUGUAUAACGGCCAGCGUCCCAGCGAUGGCUCCAGCCCGGACCGGCCAGAGAAGCGGGCCACCUCCUACCAGAUGCCUCUGGUCCAGUGCUCCUCGAGCAGCCAGCCAUCUGACCACAGCCAAGGAGACGACACAGACAGGCCUCUGCUGCGCCACAAUGACUGCACUGGACGGCACAGAGACAGCCAGAAACACCUUUUGGUGGCUCUCGCCGUAUUUGUCUCUUUUCUUCUCUUUUGGCAAAGUUAGAGAGCAGUUCAGGCUUUUUCUACACAGAGACACAACAGGACAAGAGUGUGGAAUUGGAGGAGACACAGGGAGACUGUAUUUUAAAACAGCAACUAUAAACUUUGUCUCGCUGAUGCCAUGGAGAAUAAAAACUUGCCCGUGAACCUCUGAGCUACUUCACUGCUGCACCACAGAAACUGCACUUUAGAGUGGAACCAAAGACCAAUGUGUCAGUUUUUCACAAAUAUACAAAGAUGUCUUUAUAGCCACACAUGACAGACCUGAGAAUAUGUUUUAUAAAGUGUAUUUACCCAUAACUACAAAAUCAUAGUUUUGUACUGCAACGUGGAAAAAUGUUCUGCAGUGAAUUCUUGACAAUGACCUCUCUGUGUUGGGAAGAUACGCUUGUGAGUCACUGUUUACGGUAAAAUAAACGACAUUAUUCAUUUUAAAUCCAUGUUUUUACGUAUAGCCUUAAGGUGUGGUGAACUCAGCAGCAGGCGUUGACCCUCUAUUCCAAAUAACGAUUGUGCUGGUGCUUUGAAUACAGUUAUACUGAAUGAAUUCUACAAAGAGAUGUUUUAAUUCCCUCACUGCUGAGAUAGUUGUCUCUUUACUGGCCAACACUUGGCAAUGUUUCCAAUAAGGCUAUUUUUAAAUUAGGUAAUACUCAGUAUGGUAAACUACAUACCACUAUACUCAGCUCACACAAUUUAGGUGUUCAUUUGCACAGUUAAUUGCAUUACAUUGUCCAAGUCAUUGUUUUACAUGGAAUACAAUGCAUUGCCACGACUCACAACCCUGCUGUAUGAGUGUAAUAGUUCUUCAUUUUUUCCUGAAUAUACAAAGAGAGACACAAAGUUGCAGCUGAAUGAAAAGUAGUGUUUUUCAUGACUGAUUAAACUGCAGGUUUUCUUUUUUCUUUUUUUUUUUAAAAAUUGUUUGGCCCAUGAAACAGUGAAUAAAAUAGCUGAAAAUUCAUUCCAUUAUUUUGGCUCCAAUUUUAUAGCGAUCAAUACUUGCCUACUUUUUUUUUGGUUUUGGUAUUUGGUCAACUUAUACUGAAAGAAACACAUUGGUCCAUUCCUAAUUUGAUGCACUUUGGUGUUCUCUCAAAAUCAACUAGCUCCAUUAAAUAUUUGAAAAUAAUAAUCUAAUUAUUAAAGGUGAGUGGGGGAAAAAAGUCAAAUCUUAUCUUCUGUGAUUUAGAAAUGCCAAAAAUAGGUUUGUAGUUCCAGUUAAUUGUGUUGUUUUGACAGAAUGAAAUGUUGGAAUUUGACUGCAAGGACACAGUGCACACAUAUUUAAAAUAUUCUGAAGUUCAUGUUGAGAAAGGGCAAACAUUUGGGUGCCUUUUGGAUUGAAUAAGUAGCUUUGCAAGAUAAAAAUAUGAAGUAUUUGGUGAAUUCUCUGUACCCCACAACCAAGCAAUAUAGUGGAGCAACAAAAUGCAAUGCUAACAGCUAAAACCUGAUAUAUAGUUACUUCAAACAACCAAUUCUGGAUCGAAUCGUGACAUGGCCAAAGAUUCUCAUCCCUGUUUAACCUGAACAACUGGACCACUGUGUAACUAGAACAGAGGAUAGCUUCUGGCUAUAAGCACUGAGUAAGUGCUGUGUAGUACCUUGCCUGUCGAUAAUGUUUAGCUCUUGUUAGUCUUCCAAUAAGGAAUCUAUGAAAUGAAAUUUAAAAGAUGGUAAGUACUCAUUACAGUUUUUUUCUGAGCUUGAGGGGAGGAUCAAAUUCAUCAUACUUCCAGUGAGACGAAGGCCACUACGUGUAUGUGAAUCAGUACAAACCCUACAGUGGGAUCUGAAGUCUCUAUGGAGGUUGCAGGGAUGUCGUCGUGGGCUGGAUCACAGACAGUGAGUGUCUGGGAGCUCCCCAGCAUAUUCUACCCACAUGUUGAAGAUGCAUUCACUAUGCUAGGCCACCACAGCUCAUUCAGUUUCUGAAGUGUAAGUGACAAUACUUCCUUAACAGUGAGUUUAUCAUCACUGACGGUUCAGUGUACCCAGGCUAAAGAAGCUGUAUGUUUUAAGAACUGGAUACAUGUAUAAGAUUAAAGGGGUUUGAUACUCA